AUGUCAGCGCCGGCGAGAUAUCGAAGCCCUUUCGGCCUGACGUCCCGGCCUGCCUGCAGGAUGAUAGUCGUCAUCGUAUGCCAUCCAUCUCUUGGGCCGGUUCUUUGUUUAAUCCAAUGCCAUUUUGAAACCCGCUUGGCGGACGCCGGUCAGAUGUCACCCUCCGCCGGUGAGAUGGAUGCGACGCUGUGGUUGCGACGCUGCCCUCUCAACAAGCGACAUUGCAUUGAUCCCAGGAUGCGAGGGUUUGUCGAGCAGCGCGCAGGGUACAUUGGAUAUGAAAAAUCCCCGUCUGUGCAGCGGCGCAUCCAAGACAAUUGGAAGCCUCCCAACGCCCAGAUUUUCGACAUGGCGAUAUAUCUCAGUGGUGAACUUGGCGUCAAUCUUGAUGUCGCCACUCCGCCCGUAGUCAGCGCUGUGGAGAGGGCCGAACAAGCAUCACCUAGCGCUUGGCAAACAGCGCGCAGCGUCCGGAAAUAA